AUACACUAUAACCAUGAUGCGUUUGGCUUCACAAUACUCCAAAAAAUCUGGCGUGAGGUGGCUGGCGUGGCCGUCAAGUAUCAGAAGGCGCCAUUGCUGGUGAGCUUUGGCUGCAGUAUAGCGUUCAAACACCUGUUGAAGCCAGGCAAGUCCUAAGGUGUUAUUUAACCAUCCUGAAGCUGAGUAGGAUACAAAAAUUUGGUGUUGUUCAGCUAAAAGAUUGUUAACCUAGCUUAAUUAAACCCCAGAGGUGCCCUGGUAGAUGAGAGCGGGCGGUAAUGCAUCUCCAGAAGCGCAUACGCAAGCCAGCAGCGUUACCUAUUCUCUGUUGCUAUCUCUUAUUGCUGCUGUACGCUCUUUUGACUCAUAAACUGCCUUAGAGAAGAUCCUUUUGGUGCGGUUGGCGAUGCCGACGUAGAAGCCUUUCUUAUCCAUAUUGUACGUGUUGCGCUUGUCAAUGCCAUGUUCUCACAUCUUAGAGUGCAGCAAGUUAAAGUACAACUCGUAUUUAUGCUUGUUGUCAGCCAGGUGACGCCUACAAUCCAUACCAGUGUCGUAUUUGGUGAUGAGCUUGUCAGGAUGGCGGUGUUGAAACUGGGUAAUCCAGCUUUCAGAGACCUCUUGCUGCGCAACCGCGCUGCCGAAAUUUUUCAAAAUACUUCGUGUAGGUGGUAUACCAUCCCUUGUACACCUUUCUAUAUAUCUAAUUAACUCAUCCUCUUGUUGUGGGUUGAGGUUUUGUCAGUCUUCGGCCGCCUGUGUGUCCUUAGAGCCCUGUGCACCCUUGUGCCUUCGCGACAGCGUCGUUUGAUUAACUCUAAAUGCUUUUACAACUUAGUGGUACGAGAAUUUAUCUCUAGCCUUACGCGAUUUAAUAUAUUUAAUUGCUUC